UGAGACUCUAAGUGAUUCUGAAAGGUGGAAGAUUCUUUUUCGACUGCUGGUAUCAAAAUCUUAUUUAUAUAUUUAGCAUCGACAUAUAAAUAUGGCAACCUGUUCUUUUCGCCUAUCAUUCUGCAUAUUAUCCAUCGACUGAAUACAUCGUAAGGAAGAUGAGGAACUUCGUUGUGAUAUUAUUGGCCAGUGCAGUAUUUGCCGACGUUUCACAUUUACAACAGCCACCGAGCAAGGAAUAUUUGCCGCCAUUCAAACCAGAUGAAUCCCCAGGAUACAAAUACCCGGAACCUACAACCGAAACAUCUGUUAGUUACCCAGGUUUUGCUCCCACCAAGGACAUCUAUAUUCCACCUGUUCGGCUUCCACUUGCAAAUGAAGUCUACGAACCUCUAGCUGGUUCUAACGCUGCCCUUCGCCCAAUCAACCAGUCACCAAUCGUGAAUUCAGCAAAUUUCCCACCAUACUUCCAAACCACUUCACAGGAUCUCAUCUACCCAUCGGACCCGAAGCAUCCGGCGUACUCAGCGAACCUAGCCGGCACAAGUUACUACACCCAGCAAACACAGGCCCUGUACCACCCAGCCAUACCCAACCCGAACCCAUCGCGAUACCCACCAGUUCAAUAUCCCCCUUCAGGAUCCAUCUUCGCGCCGACUAAGCAAAAUGCCCAACCACCUAUCCACAAUCGAAUCGCUCAAUCGGACAAACCUUCACCCGCGGUUGGCCCAACUCCGAUCCCUGAUUUCGCCACUCCACCGGUUGCUACCACGUUUCCAGCCCCCACAUAUAAGCCGUUAAUAUUCCGCGAUCCUACCUUUGGUGUUCCAACCCGAGCGCCCCUGGUCACACCCCGAUAUCCGUGAUCAUAAAAUGCCACAUAAGUUAAGAAUACUGAGAUAAACAUUGAUUGAAUGUGUGAACGUGUGAGAUAAAAAAA